GACUCGCAAGUCGGGACUCGCAAGUCGCAACUCGCACUUCCCAUUCCGAAACAUUGAAGCCAAAUACAGAGUACACCACCCCAAAGUGCAAAGCGAAGCACACUUUACUCUCAUCUAUUUCUCUCUCCUCUUUCGAUCGAUCUUUCUGCAUUUCUCAAGGUAGUGAAUCAUGUCUCGGAGGUAUGAUAGCCGUACAACAAUCUUCUCCCCUGAAGGUCGACUUUACCAGGUGGAGUAUGCAAUGGAGGCGAUUGGGAAUGCUGGGAGUGCCAUAGGGAUUUUGGCAAAAGAUGGUGUUGUUUUGAUUGGUGAGAAAAAGGUGACUUCUAAGCUUCUUCAGACCUCCACCUCAACCGAAAAGAUGUACAAGAUCGACGAUCAUGUAGCUUGUGCUGUGGCUGGUAUAAUGUCUGAUGCAAACAUUCUUAUCAAUACAGCUCGUGUCCAAGCUCAGCGUUACACAUUUUCUUACCAAGAACCGAUGCCUGUUGAGCAGCUUGUUCAGUCUCUUUGUGAUACCAAGCAGGGUUACACUCAGUUUGGUGGGCUACGACCAUUUGGUGUUUCAUUUCUGUUUGCUGGGUGGGAUAAGAACUAUGGGUUCCAACUUUACAUGAGUGACCCAAGUGGGAAUUAUGGUGGCUGGAAAGCUACUGCUAUCGGAGCAAACAACCAAGCUGCACAGUCAAUGCUUAAGCAGGACUACAAGGAUGAUGUUACUCGGGAAGAUGCUGUUAAGCUUGCUUUGAAGGUUCUCAGCAAGACAAUGGACAGCACAAGUCUUACUUCUGAGAAGCUAGAAUUGGCUGAGGUUUACCUUCUGCCUUCUGGAAAAGUCAAGUACCAGGUACACUCUCCAGAAUCCUUGAACAGGUUGUUGACCGAGUCUGGGCUGACUCAACCUGCUGCUGAAACCUCUUGAGCUCUGGCAAUACUUAGUGUUACCCAUGUCCCUAGAUCCCAUUUCUUGCUGGUAUUCUGUAAUGUACUCUAUUAGAUAUGACUUGCGUCUUGCAUCUUGCAUCUUGCUUAAAUCGUUUCCUUGACUUUUGGAACUGUGGAAAGAAAAAAGGCGCACUUCCUACCAGUGGUUUUUUUUAUUUAUUGCUAUAUGCUGUUCAUGCUGUGGUUAGUCAUGGAUUAUUGGUAUAAAUGAUGAUAGGCUGAACUAGGAAACGAGGGCUUUCAAUUGCA